GCGCGGCGCUGCGGGAGGGCGGGCGGUUACUGCUGCUGUUGGGGGCGGCUGUGCUGCGGGGACCGAGGGCAACGGCGGCCAUGAGUGCACAACCAGCAGACUGGAAGGCAGCCAAAUCCAUCUACGAAUUCACUGUGACGGACAUAGAGGGCAACGAUGUCUCGCUAGAGAAGUACAGGGGGCUUGUCUGCAUUAUAACCAAUCUGGCAUCCAAAUGAGGAAGGACUGCAGUAAACUACACUCAGCUCGCUAAAAUGCACGCCAAGCUUGCUGAGCAAGGUUUACGCAUCCUUGGUUUCCCGUGUAACCAGUUCGGGAAACAGGAACCUGGAAGUAAUGCAGAGAUUAAAGAGUUUGCCAAAGGCUUCGAUGUGAACUUUGACAUGUUCAGUAAGGUUGAGGUGAACGGAGAGAACGCACACCCACUCUGGAAAUGGUUGAAAGAUCAGCCGAAGGGUAAAGGCACCCUCGGGAAUGCCAUCAAGUGGAACUUCACUAAGUUUCUGAUUAAUCGUGAAGGUCAGGUUGUUAAGAGAUAUUCUCCUAUUGAUGACCCUCAGGUCGUUGAAAAGGAUCUUCCCAAUUUCCUAUAGAUGAGAUGAAGAAGCUGGUGGAUUUGCAUCCGAAGCCAAGCUCAUUGCACUAACUGUAUAGAUCAGUGUUUCAGCCCAGACCAAUGAUGGUCUGCCUUUAAACCUGUGACGUAAGGGAAGGUGAACCGGAUGUCAGUGGCGUGCAACCCCCUGGGCGUUCGAACGCUGGUGUAUAUAACGCUGUCUUUGAGUUUUUUUUGGUUGGGAUUUCCUAUUCAGCAGUCUGUGUCUCCAUUAUAUUAUGCUUUUUGGAUUAAUUUUUUCCUGCAUCAUUUGGGCCUCUUGGAUCCUUGCCUGUAUACAGUUUGUAAAAUAAAAUAUUACCCCAAACUC